GGCUGAGGCUGAUCUGCAAAUCAAACCUAAUCUUUUUCAUUGAAAUUGAAUUGAAAGGUAUUUUUUCUUAUUUUGUUAGGGAUUUCCCAACAGGCAAUGUUGCCUUUUUACUGGUUACUACUAUUAGAUCUACGUCCUUCUUGUGUUGACCGGACAAUAUCAAUGCCCAACUGCAUAGUCAGGACUCGAAAAGACCACUGACUGUUAGGGUUGCUUGUGUGAAAGCCUUUCAAACACCGUGCUAUUGCAGUCGUUUUAGUGCGAAAUGGCCGGCGCACAUGAAUUGUUGGGGUGCUUGCUGCUGUUCGCGAUUCCCUGCUUGGCACAGCUGAGUGUGAACGUGCCAUCGCCUGACCGAUACAAUAUUUUGCUGAAUGGCAAGCUGCUCCUGUUAGGUUCAGGUGUGGCCGUGUUCCACGAGCAGCAAUGGUUUGCAAGUGACGUCACCAAUGAGACAAGCCACAAUGAUUCAGUGGAUGAAUCGCCAGCCAAGAAGCUGGUCUUGGUGAAGAAAGAGCAAAAGAGCGGAGUGGACGUGAUCGGUAGCUAUUCUUCCUGGGAUAGUACAUGGCAGGCUGACGAUGUUACCAUCGUGACAGUCAUCAAGACCUACCCUAGUCUUGCAAAUAUCGUAGCUUUCUCCUACAACAUCAGUAACUCUUCACUGACUGGAACGAGCAGCGAGAAUGCAGAUCAAGUCAUCACCAACUUCCCGGCAUUGAACAAGGUGGAUGGAACGUUUCUACAGAAUGCCACGUUCCUAGGCUGGAAGUCCACAAUGGUGAGCCCUGUGUUUGGUGCUGAAGAGCAGAAUAACUCCUAUGGGACAACAUCUGGCCCUCACGUGUAUAUAGAUAGUGAAGCUCCCGUGAACUCAGCCGACGUUGUCAUUCUGUCCUAUUUCGAUCACUUCAUGAGCUCCAGUCAGACGAAUCAACGCUACAACGGCGAGAAGGUUGACUGGAUACCGGGCAUCAGUCAGUCAGUGAAGAGCUUACCGGCCGGUUUCAGUCACACGUCUGUUGUGUUCCACGGCACCAGAGGACUGACACAGACCAUGCACGACUAUGGCAAGUUCAUGCAGUCCACGCACUCGCAAACUGGUAAACUAGAACGCCGCCAAGAUCUGACGCUAGAGUAUCUGGGCUACCAAACUGACAAUGGCGCAAUGUACUGUUACUGCUAUGAAGGCUGUGUGAAGAAACUGCUGGACGUCAAGGCGUACCUGGACAGCAUCGGCGUGCCACUGGGCUAUUUGUCGCAUCAAGGAGAAUGGUGGCUGAAGGGAACGGACACGAUGUGGUGCAUCAGCGAGUGGCAACCUAACGAGGCCUACGCUGGCAUGUCCGUGCGGGAGUUCCAGCAGAAGUUUGGAACACCGCUGCAGCUGUACGCUCCGUACUUCUGUGGCGACACCAAGUAUGCUAAGAGCAAUGGCGGAAAUUUCUCCAUGGUCGACAGCAACCACUCACUGCCAAACUGCGACCCGUACAUCUUCAAAACCAGCGAGCCGGGUAAAUCUUCCGUGUUUUACAAUGCGCUGUUUGAACUGGGCAAGAGCAUGGGAAUGGAGUCGUUCGAAAUCGAUUUCCUGAACCAGAACUACAACUGCGUCCCGGCUCUGCGCGAGUCUGUCUUGGCCGUCGAGACCUGGAUGCAGGGCUUGCACGAGGCCGCAAGCCAGCAGGGCUUGCCGAUGCAGUGGUGCAUGGGCACUCCGACGCACGCAUUAGCUUCGCUCUACCUACCGACGGUGACGAAUUUCAGAUCUAGUGGCGACUUUAAGGGAGGAUCGAGCUACAAAACUGGCCUGAGCUCCUUCCUGAUCUGGGCUGUUGGUGCUGCUCCGUCCAAGGACACAUUUUGGACAACGGACAACAUGCCUCUGGCAACACAGAUCGGCGGAUGCCGAUCGACCGGCUGCCCCAAAGAUCACAGUAACGCAUCUCUAGAGCUGCACACAAUUCUAGCUAUCCUGUCCACUGGACCGGUGGGGUUCAGCGAUGCGCCCGGCAUGACCAAUCGCUCGCUGAUCAUGCGUACGUGCCAAGACGAUGGCAGACUGCUUCAGCCGGCAAAGCCUGCCACGGCCAUCGACGCGACAAUGAGUGCAUUGAGAGCACCAUCGGGCAGUAUCUACGGCACAUACUGUGGCGAUGAGCAGCGAGCAACAGCUUUCCUCCUGGUGUCAUUCAAGAUGACCGAAAGCUGGUCCCUCACUGCUGCCGACCUGUGGUCUCCAUCAGGCAUCCUAACACCGGAUAUAGAACCGAUGUCCAAUGCACUCCUGGUGUACCGCCUGCGUUGGAACGAGCCGCCGUGUAUAGAUGGCCAACCAGCCACAACAUGUGUGAGAACAGUUUCCGUUAGAACUACAUCCGAGGAUGACGCAAUCUGCACCAUCCCGGCCAGCCCUAUCAAAGACUUGGUGCGUGCCUGACCACCGUUUGGCCAAUGACCUGCACAAAUGGCUGGGUAUUGCUAGGGGAACUGGAUAAAUACGUGCCACUUGCGGCUAGCCGAUUCCCUUACACGUGCAAUUGCACAAGCAUCGGAUUGAGCUUCACGAUCCUGGGUAGUGCGAACAGCGAAGUUACAUUAACCGCUCUAGGGCCUAACAAAGGAGUUGCUGCGAGCCUUGUGCAUACCCAGAGUGUAACCAUUGGCGAACAGAAAUCAGCAGUGGUCGAGUUCCCUGCUCGUGUUUGAGCAUGCUGUUGUGGAUAAUUUUACGAAGGCUGGUGGAUCAUGAUUGUCUUCUGCUGACCGCCUAGCAAGAAGAAGGGAGAAACGACACUCAUUGAUACGAGUUAUAAUCAGCUAAACAUCAUAAUGAUAAGUACUGGAGUCAGAUACUGCAGAACAACAACGUCAAUCAAGGAUGAUUGCGAAAGCAUGUAACUAUGAAUAGUAGCAAACAAGCCUUGACUACCCUUGUUGUUCUGUGUAUUACGCUCUGCCUCCGCCAUGGUGUUGAGCACUGUCAGCACACUGGGUGCAUCUUCCAGAGUCGGAUAAUGGAUAUGUUGAAUUAUAUUCUUUACGCUUUACAGGUCAUGUUGAUUCGCACGCUUUUCUUUUGUCUCUCGGUUCAAAUUGCGAAACUUCACAAUAUUGUGCGAACUGACGUUGCGCUCACCUUCUCCUCUUUGGUCUGGCCAUGACUCGUGUAUGUAUAAUUAUGUAUGACAGAUACAUGUAUGACGUGAAA